AUGAUUUUCAAAGAGGAAAACUCGGAAAGACCAUCCAGCGCACCUCCUGCAUCAGGACACGACCCAUCUGUGAUGAGCGAGAGCCUAUUGAGGCUUGUGCUGCGACAGCUCCGCCCAGAGCAGAUACGACAGCUAUAUGAGGCGUGUGUCGUACCGGUCAUUGACUACGCGUCAACGGUCUGGCACGAUCCACUCCGAGAUAAGACCCAUCUACGACAGCUACGCACCGUUCAGCGAACAGCACUCAUCCGAGUUCUCUCUGCCUUUCGGACAGUGGCCACAUCCACGCUCGAGGUUGAAGCGCAUGUCCUCCCAACCCAUCUUCGUCUCCGCCACCGCGCACAAAACACCAUCACCAGACUCCACACCCUGCCUCAGAAACAUCCUAUAUGGGACACCUUGCUUCGGGCCCAAAGACGACGGAAUAACGUUCGAUCGCGUGCCCGGUUCCCGCUGGCGGAGGCCCUGAAAACAAUGAGCCUGGAGAGACUUCAUGAACUAGAAAUGAUCGACCCCACUCCACUGCCACCGUGGCGGACAGAAGCCUUUUCGAAGAUCGAGAUUGAACCAGAUAGGGAGAUUGCGAUGGAACGGGCGGGAGCGGCAAGGACCAACUCGGACAUUGUCGUAUACUCCGACGCAUCUGGACGCCAAGGUCACCUAGGCGCCGCGGCCGUUGUGCUUGACGACUCGCUGAAAACAACUGAGAAACUACAGAUACAAGUGGGACCCAUGGAACGAUGGUCUGUGCAUGCCGCCGAACUGAUCGGAAUCCUGUAUGCCAUCAACAUCAUCAACAAGAUCGCCCUUCCAACGCCGGAGAUCAACCAAUGCGCGGGGAACAAAUCAGGGCAACAAAUCAUCCACGCUAUUCUACGGGCUGCUGCAAACACCAAGACCCACGGCAUCGCUGUCCGACUACAGUGGAUGCCUGGACAUUGCGAAGCACCUGGGAACGACACCGCAGACCAACUGGCCAAAGAGGCAGCCACACCUGGCAAAACCCACCCAUUUUCCCCCUUGCUAUCACGCGAGAGGGCCCACAUUAGGAAAGGAAUCCACACCCAAUGGGAGAGAGAAUGGAAGGAGUCUAGGAAUGGCGGCCACCUUCGUGAAUCGAGCGUACCUACUCACGCAAUUGCGAACGGGACACUGCUGGUAUCAACAUAUGCGAAGACUUUCCGCUUCCGCGAUGACGACCUGUGCGUCUGCGGCGAACGGGAAAGCCUGAUACAUGUUCUGCUAGACUGUCCUGCACUCAGAGACCUGCGCCGAGAGCUCCGGGUGAAGGUCGGCGACGCGUUCAAUAGCAUGCCAACACUUCUAGGAGGAUCUGGAGAAAGGGGGAGAGGUAGGCCUGAUAAUGCUUCACGUGCCAAGACGGUGGAGGCCGUCUUGGACUUCGCGGAGGCGUCCCAACGAUUUCGAAGCCGCGCGCCAUGA